UGUUGAAUGUUUAAGAGCAAAACAUCAUCUUAUAUUCAGGCCAAUACAGUUUAUAGAUCUUUCAGGUCAAUAUGGCAACUUGGUGCUGUGUAUGUUAUGCGUUUUGUUGUUUAGUGAUCGUACAGUGAUGCAUUCUUGCUCCUGUUUCUCUCUUAUCUGAGUGAGACGCGAUACAAUUCCUAUAAAGCUGGUUGACAUGAGAAUAAAUAAACAUUAGUUAAUUUUGCACCCAUUUGCCAGUUUAUUAGGUACACCUACCUAAAACUAGUGCAGCGUAAUACAACGGUCCUGUAAUAAAUCCUCCCUUCAAGAAGGUUAUAAUGUUCAGUUUUUGUUAAUGUUUUAGAGAGGUGUUGAUUCAAACUUAUGGUCGUUUUGGAGGCUGCAGUUUGUGGUGCUGUUGAAUGGUAUUACAUUAUACGGAGAGGUGUUUCUGUUACUUACCGUCAUUGAUAUAAAUGGGGUGGACAAAAUAAUAGAAACAUCCUCUCAGUAAAAUGCAAUACAAUUCUAAUAACCAUUAAAUUGAGUCAACACCUCAUGAGAGUUUGAACAAAAACAUUACAACCUUCUUGAAAGGAGGAUUUAUUGUUUAUUAUUUAUUUAUUGUUGUAUUAGACUGCAUUAGUUUUAGCUAGAUGUACCUAACUGGCAACUGAUUGUAAAUAUUUUACUUGAACAAACUUUAACAAUGCCAAAGUGAUUCUCAGAUUGUCAUAUGAAAGUUCUGUUUUAGAUUUCCUUCUGUCUUCAAGGUAAGAGGUCAUAAACAGCUACAUAACAGCUGGUAGGAUACAGAUCUUUGCUCAUGAGCACUUCAGCAUGGAUUCACUUCAGCAAGGUGUUGAUGCAAGGAAGGCAAAGUACAGAUAAGUGGUAGUGUCUGAGAUGCUGGGCCUUCCAAGGGUGUCAUGGAUGACAUAGGCCUACCUGCCUGUAACCCUUUUACCCCGUCAUCCUCACAUCACCAACACCUGAUUCAUCUCUAACACACCGUACAGUAUCCACACUGACCUGAAGGAACUCGACAAUUCAUUGUGUCACUGUCAUUUAACACAGCGGCACCUCUGAGCGUCAGAAUCCAAGAAAGACAUCCUCGCAGCAGGGGAUGUAAAAUACGAGUAUAAUCUCCUGUGCUGAUGUCGACCGCUAAUGGUGAACAAGCGUGUUUCAACUAGAAGCCCAUCUCCCUCCCUCCCUUCCUCCUCCAUGUUCAGAUGUAAUUGACAUGACUCCUACACAAGUUCGAGCCUGUCAUCACAGCGAGCGGUGAAAAAUGAGCCAAGCCGCCGUGUGCUGAAAUGAUUGAUCUGAAAGACGUUUUAGGGCUAUUUUGUGCUGAAUUGUGAUGUUUACAUGUGUUGCGAGCCUUCUUUCCUUCUUCUCCCCUUUGUAAUUUAAUGAUGAUUAUUUUCUAUCUGUCAAGACUGAAUUUAGUUUGAGUUAGAUCUAGUAUUACAUGUAGGUAGCCUUUUCUCCACUAAAUUUCCAAUAUAAACAUUGAGAAAUUCUGUGUUAAGAAACAUUUCAUGAUCUAUUUCUCUCACUCUCUCUUUGGGAAAGCCUGCUAUAACUCCUUCAGUAUCAGCAACUGGACCCUUUUCCCUCCCUCUCCACUCCCUGCCUCUCUCAUUCAGAUCCAUUUUUGACCCCCCCCAAUGAAUCACAUUUGCUUUGUUUUUUUCUCUCCCUCUUUCUCAAUUUCCCCUCUCUCUUCUGUCUUUCUUGGCCACAGAUUGGGGUCAGGAGUUUAGUAGGGGAAAAACAUUUGGAGCCGGUGGCACAGGGCCCAGAGGCUCUCGCAAAAAAAUAAAAAAAUAAAAAAAAUAAAUCGCUGUUCACACACACACAUUACAGAGAGCAUUAACCUGCCCUGCUCUGCCUCUCCAAAUGUCUCCAUUACGGCUCUGCCUGGAACAACACAGGCACUGCUAGUCGCAGCCAUCAAUUGAUGUGAGCAGAAACAGAGAAUUAGAGAGAGGGAAAAAUAAAGAAAGACAGACAGGGGGCAGAGAGCAACAUUUGGCAGUCUUCAUAAAGGGAUCUGAGAUGAAAAUAUAGAAAAACAUGCCUGUGUGUCUAUCAGUCGAAAGCUACACUACCUGCUCGCUUUCUCUCGCCGUCAGUGCGAUGUUGAUGUUAUCACCAGGUCGAUAAGUCACAAUCUUUGAAUAGACGGGCUUGUGUUUUCAUUUGGGAAUAAAAACCUUCGGUGUAUGAGCAAAAAAAUACCAGUAAAUUGGCUUGAUGUGUAAGUGUCUAGGUUCAGGUUACUGGCAUGUUACAAUUGAGAGUCCUGUAUGUCCCUCCUCCUGUCCCUCACUCUUUCUCUCACUCCUGUAAGGGCAGCUCAUUCCUCGAGGUGUCAAGGGCCUCCCGAUGUAUGAGGAGGGGGAGGACCGAAAGAAAGAGAAAUCAAAGAGUGGUAUAGAGCGAUGGAGAGCGCCGUCACCUUGGGGGGAGAGAUACGAGGGCGAUGACGAGUACGGUGGCGCCAUAUGGCCAGCAGGGGAUGGGGGGUUACAGCCAGCAGCAGCAGGUGGGGCAGCAGGGAACCCCUCCGUACUUCAGCCCCCCUCAGCAGACCCCUCCAGGCCCGACCCAGAGCCCCUACCUGCAGCCUCGAGCACCGCCACAACAGGAGGCUCAGCAGGAGGCCUACAGCACCAGGGGUCCUGCCCCAGGGAACUCUGGGAAGGCCAACAAUGAGGAUGGCGUUCCCCAGGACCGCCCAUCCAGUCUGCCGAUCAGCCUCGCGCCGCUGUCACCUCUCCUUUCCCUGUGCUUACAUCACACACGCCCUCGCUCGCACACAGCUGGACGGCCAUUGGCUCAUGGGCUCCGCGAGGACGUUCUGGAUCUGUCCGGCUCGAUUGAUGACCUCCCCACUGGGACGGAGGCUGGUCUGGGCUCAGCUGUCAGCGCCGGCGGCUCCUCCAGCAGCAGCAGCAGUAGCCAAGGGGAACAGGGAGGGGCCAGCAACCAGGGACAGUCCCCCUUCUCUCCUCACGCCUCCCCCCAUCUCCCCAGCCAGAGGAGCGGGCCCUCUCCCUCCCCCGUGGGCUCGCCUGCAGGCUCCACUCAGUCCCAGCAGUCGCGAUCAGGCUCUGGACCCAUCUCUCCUGCCAGCGGACCCUCUGCCAACACCACCGCAGCAGGUUCCACUAUGGCCCCACAGAACACUGGAAAUGGACCAGAUGGAGCCCACCCACCAAUCACCUGCUCACCUAUAGCUCAGGAGAGAGGGUUCAUGUCCAACAUGCAGAGGAACCAGGCUAGCUCCCAGUUUGCUUCUCCUCAGUCCGGACCUCCUAUGUCCCCCCACCCCUCACCUGGGGGCCCAUUGUAUUCUGGGAUGGGUCCCUACUCCCAGAGCAGCCCCUCAGGCCCUUAUGGACCUCAAGGAUCACAGUAUGGACACCAAGGUAACUACCCUCGGUCCUCCAACUACAGUGGGACUGCCAGUACCAGCUACAGUGGACCCGGCCCUGGCAUGACCAACAGUGUUGGAAUGAACUCUAGCAGCCCCAUGCAUGGCCAGGGGCCCGGCCAGCCCAUACCUAUAGGACGCAGCCACGGCCCAGGCAGCCAGAACAGGGUGUACCCACCCAUGGCUCCCAGCUCCCCCAGCAUGCCCCAGCCAGCCGGGCCUGGGAUGGGCCCUCCUUCUUUGGGUAGCUCUAACCGCAAGGCUCAGGAGGCAGCAGCAGCUGCCAUGCCAGGAUCUGCCAACUCAACACUCAACAGUCUGUUGACACCGAUCUGCAGGCGGCCUCCAUAUGCGAGGUUCCCAGCCCAGAUGCACCCACCCCAAUCCACCUCCACCCACUGGCUCGCACUCUCUUCUACCCAUCCACCACCUUCACCUCCACCCAGACCUCACCAUCCACCCAUCCUGCCACCCUCACAUUCACAGCACUAUAGGCAGGGCAGCUAUCAAGGCCCUGGCAUCAGCCAGGCAAGCACUAUGGCUACCACUGUCCUGUACAGCCAGCCAACAGGAAACAACAGUUCAGCCAUGGGCAACGCACAAGGUCCAGCCUACAAUAUACCUCCUUCAGGAGCCAUGGGAAUGUCAGGAGAUGGGAUGAUGAGCCCAGAUGGGAAACCGAAAACGGACGUAAAAGAAAGCGGCCCUGCCAACGAGCCUCACAAACCAAAGCUACAGGAUGGCUACAGCAACAAUAACAGCAGCAGUGGCUCCCAGCAGUGUGUGUCCCAGCCAGCCACGCCAGGCGGUGCCCUGCCCGUGCCCUCCCCCCUAUCACCCAGCCCAGCCAGCCUGUCCUCGUACCACGGAGACGACAGCGACAGCAUCAGCAGCCCCCCCUGGCCCCUCAAGACCCCCUCUAGUCCUAAAGCCAACCCUAACUCCUCCUCCCUCAGUGGGGAGCGAAUCACACGGCUGUUUGAGCUGGGUGUGGAGCCGGAGAGGCGGGGCUGGGUGGAGCGAUACCUGAACUUCAUGGAAGAGAGGGGCACGCCUGUUGCCCAGCUUCCCGCUGUGGGCAAGAAGCCGCUGGACCUCUGGAAGCUCUACAUAGCUGUUCGGGAGAUAGGAGGCCUCGCAAUGGUAAACAAGAACAAGAAGUGGCGCGAGCUGUCCACCACCCUGAACGUGGGUACAUCCAGCAGCUCCGCCAGCUCGCUCAAGAAGCAGUACAUCCAGUAUCUGUUUGCCUAUGAGUGUAAGAUGGAGAGAGGAGAAGAGCCGCCGGCAGACAGCAGUAGCAGCAGCAGCAGCAUGGCUGGAGGGGACAGCAGGAAGCAGGUCAAGAUCCAGCCACCCUCACCUGCUAAUUCGGGUGGCUCCCUUCAAGGCCCACAGACGCCCCAGUCCUCUGGCAGCAGCUCUACAGCGGAGGCAGCAGGAGAUCUGAAACCCCCCACACCUGCCACCACCCCUCUGGGACAGGUCACACCACUGCCCCCCAACAGCUUCCACCUUCUCCCUGUCCCUCCCUCCCGCCUUGCCUUGUCCAGGAGCAGUGUAAGUGUACAGGACCCCUUCUCAGAGGUGAGCGACCCGGCCUUCCAGAAGCGUGCUACCUCCCUGCCCCCCGCAGCUCCUUACCAGCAGGGCCUCAGUAUGCCUGACAUGAUGAUGAGGAUGCAGUAUGACACCAAGGACCCCUUCGCCGGGAUGAGGAAGAUGGCAGGAGCUGAUCCCUACAUGCCAGCCCAAAUGCCCGGUGGUGGUAUGCAGGACAUGUAUGGUCGACCCCCGUCAGCCUUGAGCCUGAGCCAACGGUCGCAGUAUCCAUACGGGUCAGGCUAUGACAGGAGAUCGGACCAUGUCAUGGGGAUGGAGGGGAGCAUGGGUCCCCCUGGGAGUCAGAACAACAUGGGACCUUCUAACAGUGAGGGCAGCAUCUACUCUCCCAGUAGAUACCCUUCACAGCAGAGACAUGAUGGAUACGGUCAACAGUAUCCCAGCAUGCCAUAUGGGAUGCAUCCAUCUGGGAUGUACCCACAGCAACAGCAGGGCUACAAACGGCCCAUGGAUGGCAUGUAUGGCCCCCCACCCAAGAGACACGAGAGCGACAUGUAUGCCAUGCAGUACGCCAACCAGCAGCCGGACAUGUACAACCACUACGGUGGUGGGUACUCAGGCCCUGAACAUAGACCCAUCCAGGGACAGUUCCCCUUCCCCUAUCCCCGCGACCGCAUGGCCCCCUCAGGUCAGAGCCAGCACAGUAUGAUGGGUGGGGGCCCCACCUCUAACCACGCUAAUGAUGGCCCCAACAUGUGGCCAUCCAGGACAGACCUCGGCUAUCCCUACCCCAACAGACAGGGGCCGCCAUCACAAAUGCCACCUUAUGGCUCGAUUGGUAGAGAUGACAUGGACGGGCGGCCCGGGCAGGAGCAGUGGCACCGUCAGUCUCCCUACAUGUCAUCAUCAGGUGGCAUGCCUCCCCUGUCUUCACGCCAGCCAUCUUCUUAUUCCAACUCUUCAUCCAUGGCCAACCAUCUGCCUAGAGCACCCAGCCCAGGAGCCUUCCAGCGCUCCAUGGACUCUAGGAUGUCACCCAGUAAAGCACCAUUCAUGUCACCCAUGAAGAUGCCUAAGCCUGGGAUGACGAUGAUGGGCCCACAGGGCAGUGGACCCCUUGGGCAGUUUCCUCCCAACCUCAGGCGGGACCUCAACUACCCACCAGGAUCAGUCGAAGCCACCAUGCCGAUUCUCAAGCCCCGACGCAAGCUCACCUCCAAGGACACUGGAACGCCUGAGGCCUGGCGCGUGAUGAUGUCUCUGAAGUCUGGCCUGCUGGCAGAGAGCACAUGGGCUCUAGACACCAUCAAUAUCCUGCUGUACGAUGACAGCACUGUGGCCUCCUUUAACCUCUCCCAGUUACCUGGAUUCCUCGAGCUGAUUGUGGAGUACUUCCGCCGUUGUCUGAUCAAGAUCUUUGGCAUCCUGGAAGAGUUUGAGGUGGGGACCGUGGCUCAGAAAAGCCUUUUGGACCCUUCUGCUAACCAGAAACAAGAAGCCAUCCCUGACCAGGAAACAGACUCUAUUGUCCAACCUGAACCUGAGUCAGCUGCGGCAGCAGAUACGCAGGUGGAGCAAGCAGGAGGCAUCAUGGAGGAAGCACUACCGGUCACUGCAGAGCCAGAGUCAGAGGUGGAGGUGAAUCGUGAGAAGGAGGAGUCUGAGGUGAUCAUAAAGAAGGAGGACAAGAAUGAGGAGGACAGAGAGAAAGAGCGAAAAGAAGAGGAAGAGAGUGAAAAAGAAGCAGAGAGAAAAAAGGAGUGUGUUGACCAGCCUGUUGCAGAGCUAGAACCUAAACCUAAACAAGCCAGUAAAUAUGAUAAGCUCCCCAUCAAGAUUGUCCACAAAGAGGACCUGAUUGAAGACAUGACAGAGUACUUAGGUUACGUCACUGAGUUCAACAGCGGGUUGCUACACUGGCAGGCUGGUGGAGGUGAUUCCACCGUACACAUUCAAACACAGUUUGAGUGUGUGAGUGAACCACCUGCCAGGGCAGAUGGAAACACAAGAAAAGAAAACAAAGAGGAAAACAAGGUGGACUACGGAAAGAAACAACCACUGAAACAUAUCACUGCUACUAUUGAUGAUGUUCUGUGUGCUCGGGUUGACGCCCUUUCUUAUGCCCACCCUGCACGCUCCUUGCCAUCCUACCCCUUCAGGGUGCAUCUGGAUGGGGAGCAGGACCACAUCACCUUGCUGGAGGAUGAGCCUCGCUGCCUGGACGAGGCUCCGCUCUCCACAACCUCUGCCUGGCAGGAGUCCCUGGCCAAGCGAUGCCUCUGUGUGUCCAACAUCGUCCGGAGCCUGUCCUUUAUCCCGGGGAACGACUUGGAUAUGUCACGCCACCCUGCUCUGGUUCUUCUUCUGGGCAGGCUGCUCCUUCUGCACCACCAGCACCCGGAGAGGAACAGGUCGCCCCCUAGCUACCAGAGAGACGAACAGCAGGAGCAGGGGCUGUCGAGUAGCAAAGAGGAGUGGUGGUGGGAGUGUCUGAGUCUGCUCAGGGAGAAUGCCAUGGUUACUCUGGCCAACAUCUCGGGUCAGCUGGAUCUCUCCACCUAUCCAGACACUAUCUGUCUCCCCAUCUUGGAUGGCCUUCUCCACUGGAUGGUGUGCCCUUCAGCUGAAGCCCAGGACCCCUUCCCUGCAGCAGCACCCCACUCCCAGCUCACUCCCCAGAGGCUGGUGCUGGAGUGCCUCUGCAAGCUGAGCAUCCUGGGCGGCAACGUUGACCUCCUGCUAGCUACGCCACCUUUCAGCCGACAGGAGAAACUCUUCACUGUCUUGGUCCGCUACGUGGGUCAGAGGAAGGCCCAGGUGUACAGGGAGAUGGCAGUGGCUGUUCUCUCCCACCUAGCACAAGGAGACACCACAGCGGCACGUGCCAUUGCCAUGCAGAAGGGCAGCGUGAGUAAUUUGGUAGGCUUCUUGGAGGAUGGUGUUAGCAUGGCACAGUACCAGCAGAACCCUCACAGCUUGCUGCACAUGGGGCACCCCCCUAUGGACCCACCUAGCAUAAACAUGAUGUGCAGAGCAGCUAAAGGUCUGUUGGCUAUGGCUAAAGUGGAGGAGAACAAGACAGAGUUUGUGCUGUAUGAAAGCAGAUUAUUAGACAUCUCCAUUUCCUCAGUGCUCAACGCGGGAGUGGUGGCUAUUAUUUGCCAAGUUCUCUUUCACUUAGGGAAAUCAUGACAAGAGGAGAGGCAGGACUCGCACAGCAGACGCUAAACCAGACAAGAUAUUUCUGUGGUUUUCUAUUUUUAUUUAUCAAAAUGACAGAAAAUGUUUGUUUUUUUAAAAGAAAUAUCCACAUAAACAAAAUAUCUCUAUAUAUGUAUAGCUUCUGGGCCCUGUUAAAAAAAGUGGGUUUGGGAUUUGAAAGCUCAUUUUAAUACAAAUAUUUAAUACCUGCUGGUGUUGGAUUGCUACAUUUGAUAUUUUAUUUGGCAUUUGUUUUUGUUUGUUUACUUUUUCAGCCAAAGCUGCCACCAGAUUUUGGUGCUGAAUUACGUGGGUUCCUUUUGAGUCGAUGAGUCGUUGAGAUGUUUUUCAGUUUUAUAAAUGCUAAUACACUCAUCAACAUUUUGUUAAUGGAGAGUAUUUAUUUAAAAUGUUACACUGUACAGUAGUUUGAACUUUUUUGCCAACACUUGUGGGUGGGGGGGGGGCAUUGACUUUUAAAUUGAAAUGUAUAUGUCUCCAUCGCUGGAAGAUAAAUUGUGCAAUAGGACUAGAGCAAGUUGUCCUUUUUGAGAACAACAAGAUGUAAAUCUUUAAAGACACCUGCAGUGUGUGCUUUAGGCCAUAAGGAGGCAGCAUAGCACCAGCCAAUCAACAUGAGAGAUGAGCAUCUGUCAAAAGAAGUGUCUAAUUUAUCAAUCAUAGCCUCAACGACUUUCACAGAUGAACUUUGUGUUUCCUAAGCGCUUGUGUUAUGUCUGUAUUUUUUCAUCACUGUAUAUAAACCGUUGUACAAUGGACGCACAUGAUUCUUUCAGUCUCAAUCAAGCAUAGCAAGAGAUGGGACUUUCUGACUAUUAUAACAAAUGCUUUUAUUGUUGGUAAAAUUUGUUAUUGUUAUUAUACAUAUUUUGUUAAUGGGGUCAAAUAUUUGAACAUGGCAGAUGUAACUGAUGUUUCGAUGUAAAAAUUCCUGUAUGCAUUGUAUUAUAGCUGAGAAAACAAUCGCUUUGGUAAUCAAAUGUGGAAGUGCCAGGGUGAGAGGAUAUCUAGGCGAGGUUACUUAAGAAAACGGAUCACAUUUCUGUUUGUUACUGUCCUCCAUUCAUGUCAAUGGGCAUAUUUUUGAAUCUAGAUAAUGCUCUAAAAGAAACGUGUGAAAAAGAACCUUCAAAAUGUCCUGAAAGCUCAUUGUAAAAUUUGCCUUUUUUCGUAUGACUCCAUGUCUCUCUUUUAUUCAGUAUACACAUUUAUACUCUGUGCUGCACAUGUCACAAAUAAAUGUACGAUGAACAUCGUUAAGCACCGGAGACGUUGCAUUAUGUCCAGACAAUCUUAGGCCAAUAAAACAAACAUCAACUGCUUA